AUGGACAGUUCGCUUAACGGCGCCAACGAAGGUGUAUUUCGAUUCUCCGCCGUCUCAAAGUCUCCCUCAGAAAAAGGACCUAAGACUCCCUCCAAUGACACAGAUGCAUUCCCUCCAACCCCGGCCGGCUCCACUACUCAACCGGCGGUGUCUCGAUCCAAAGAUUCGACCGUCUCCGUUCGUCUCCAUCCCAUUCGAGACAUUCUCGAUUGCUACUUCGGACUUAGGGCUCCUCUCUUCCCAGCGGGAUCCCUCCAAAUCAGACGAAUUGGCUCCCCUGUAACGGCUUCCAUUACAACGCAUAGGAGCGGUGCCGGUUCGAGUCUGCGUAAGUUUAUCAGCGAUUUAAAUAGCUUUAUUAGGUUUCACUGCAAUAAGGUUGUUCCAGAGACCUUCGCCACCGUCGGAGGAGUUGGGUUGUCGAGCAACGAGAGCGUGGAUAGGGAAGAUGGGACUGGUGGGGUUUUGGCUUAUGCGGAAGCCAUUAAAGCUGCUUUCUGUCAGGAGUAUGGUGAUGAGUACCAGGUGUUUAUUACGGAUUUGUGGACAGAUCAUACGCCCUGGCCGUUUAACCAGCUUCCCAGGAGCUAUAAUUUUCUGGUGAAACAUGAAACUCUAUGGAAAAUGACUUACUAUGGUACGGCUCCACGCGUUAUUCACCAAUCUAUUUUUGCUGCAACUUCGACUUUUAUUGCCAGGGAAAUUGCGCAAGGGUUGAUGAAGUAUCAACCACACAUUAUAAUAAGUGUUCAUCCACUGAUGCAACACGUCCCACUUUGUGUCUUAAGAUCAAAGGGGUUGCUUGAGAAGAUCGUCUUCACCACGGUUAUUACAGACUUGAGCACUUGCCAUCCCACGUGCUGUUUUGUUAAUGGGCGGAGGAGAAGGAAUGGGUCCAAUCGAGGCAACGGCCACUUAGAGAUGCUUUGUAUGAUGAGAAAGCAGUUGGUGAGCUUUGAAGUCAUCACGUCUUCCUCACGCUGGUGGUAUACGGUGGUACCCAAAUGGAAGAUCUGGCUCUGCACAUUUGGCUGGAGUGAAACAAUGAAUCAGAGAGAUGCGAAGUCAAGUGCAAAGAGAAAGAGGGGUGAAUCAUCAUUUUCUUGGGAGAAAGAUACGGAUAAUUCUCAGAUAUUUGAUACUCACGGGACAAGCUACAGUGGAGUUCUCAGUGACAUGGGGGAACCAAAAGGAGCUUGCUUUGCUACACGAGAAGCUUCCUUUGAUGUCGUGUUACCAUAUAAGCCGUGUAACAUCUCGGCUCUUCGUAGGGAUCGGAAGAGGAGAGUUGUUGCUUUCGAAAGACACUCGGCUUUUGUUGUUGACCACGUGGUUGCAACUGUUUGUCUUUGUAAGAAAAGUUCAUUUCAAUUGGAUUAUUACUCCUAA